GGAUGAGCUGGCUUUACGUUCGCAAUUGUAAUUUAACGGACCCCGACACACCGCCAAAAAACCCUCGUACCCGGUUUCAAUUUCAAACAAAUGGGUCGCACCUGACCUAGGUUUCCACCUUCAUAUCUUUGUCCCUUUCUCUUCUCUUCUCACUCCUAAGAAUUCCUCAAUUCUUACUCCAUCACCCCACCAUGUCCAACAGGUUUUGCAAGUUCUAUGCCCGUGGAGCAUGUUUGAAGGGGGAUCAAUGUGAUUUUGCUCAUGAGAAAAAGGAUGAUAUUUGCAGCUAUUAUCAGAAAGGAUUCUGUGCAUAUGGUAGUAGAUGCAGAUAUAAGCAUGUCAAAGCUUCCCAACCGUCAUCUUCAGCAAAUGGACGCCAUUCUCCUGUUUUGGAUCCUGUGGUGAAUCAUAUCACUAAAGGAACAUCAAGUUGGGUUCUGAAGGCUGUGAAGUCAUCUUCAUCGGACAAGCGUGCAAGGAGCUCGCAAAAAAAGAAUCCAGCCUCUCUUGGAAAUGAUGUUGGUCAAUCCAGUACUAGUAGUGCUAUACCAUCUGAACAUUUGUUUUGUGCAUUUGCUGCUGCCAACUGCCCCCUUGAAGAUAAAUGUUCUCGCAUUCAUGGAAAUCAGUGCUUAUACUGUAGAAAAUUUUGCUUACAUCCUUCUGAUUGGAAGGAAAAAGAAAAUCAUUUGAGGACUUGUGAGAAAAAGGGAAAAUACCUUAAGGCUUUGGAAGAUAGUCAAGAAGUAGAGUGCAAUGUUUGUUUGGAACGUGUUCUGUCCAAACCUAAACCAGCUGAUUGUAAGUUUGGGCUGCUUCCUGAAUGUGACCAUGCUUUCUGUUUAUCCUGUAUCCGCAAUUGGCGUAAUAGUGCUGCCCCAACAUCUGGAAUGGACAUCGGUAAUGCUGGCACUGCUAAUACAGUCAGAACCUGUCCUGUUUGUCGCAAACUAUCAUAUUUUGUCAUUCCAAGUGGUAUUUGGUAUUCUACUAAGGAAGAAAAACAGGAAAUUAUCAACAACUACAAGGCAAACUGCAAAUUAAUUGAUUGCAAGCAUUUUAACUUUGGAAAUGGGAAUUGUCCAUUCGGGGCUAGUUGCUUCUACAAGCAUACAGUGAAGCCUGGCUCUUACACAUGGAUACAUCACAGGCCACCACCUCAGUGUAGACAGAACCAUUUUGAUAUGUAUGACAUGGACAUGCUCCAAGAUGUUGACUUAACAAGUGCAGAAUAUUUUUCCAUCAUGAGGGGUUCAGACUUUUUUGAUGAUAUGGAUCCAUUUGAGAUGAUGGAUAUAUCUCAUAGGCUUGCUGGUGACUCAGGUCCUUGUUUAGGUCUUUUUGAUUCUGAUGAGGAGGACUUGGAUAUUUUUCAGAUGGCUGCAUUGUCGGAAGCGCUUGCUUCUGGUGUGGAUGAUUUUGGUCCCGAAGAUAUUGGUAAUGAAGAUUUCAAUCCUAUGGAGGCUGCCUUGUUACCAAUGAUGAUGCAUUGUAAUAUGGAAGAUGAAGAUGAUGAUGAGGAAGAAGAAUACAGUGAUGAAGACUACUAGAUUUUCUUAGUUCAUAUAAAUCCCGUCUAUAAACCAGUUAUUGAGGUAGUUUCUUUGGCAGUAUGGUAUCCUAUCAUUUUGCUUUGACAAUUAUUGGGGCAGGAACUUCAAGAUUUAUUCUAGUUUAUUUUGCUUAUACUCAUGCCAUGCUUAUACCCGGUGUUCGUGAUCUGAUUCCAUUUUGUAUAUUUUCUAAUAUCAUGCUAUUAAAGAAGCGUUUUGGCUUGGUCUUGUCUCAUUGCAGGUUUUGAAUUGUGAUUGUGCUAUGUAUAAAUAUAUGGCUUGUUAUUCUUGGUGUUGUCAGCAUAUGCACUAGUCUUUUUUUUUUUUUGAAUUUGUUUUUUGGUUGUUCGGAUGAGCCAUAGUUAAAUAAUAUUGAAAAAGAUUGCUUAGUUUUAUGAGUUUAGUAUGAUUUCCACUUUUCUUUUGCUUUUUUUAAUAUGUAAAAUACCAUUUAUUUAAAGCUAACUCUUAAAAUUGAUUACGAAAAAGCAGGGGGGUCUUUCAUCUAAAACACAGGAUGGUCCAGUCUCUUCCCCAUGCCACACAUGUGGGAUCUUUUCUUUUUCCUUUACUUGGAAUCCAAUAAAAAUAAAAAUCAUACCCGAAUGUAUUUACUAAGUUCCAAAAUAUCUGCAAUAGUACCAAUACGCUUUUCUUCACAGAUAAAAUAAUGGAUUAAGGAUGCAUCUUUUUUUAUUUUCUCAUGCGAAAAAAAUCAUGCAUCUUGAUAGCCCGAGUUAGCAAAAAUUGAUAGGAAAACUCCAAGGAUGAUCUUGAAUCUAUUACCUGUUAUUAAAACAAAGUUGGCCUGGGACAUGUGUCGACUUCUCCUGCAACAAAGCAUCCUAUUGCCUUCGGCCACGACAUAUAUUUCUUUUUCUUUUAAAAACGGAAGAAGCAGAAGCUUCUAGACUGCAAAAAAAUAGAAAGAGAUGCUUCUUUCUCUAAAGUCGCAUCAUUGUAUUUCCUUUCUUGCAUCUUCUUCCCAACAUUCUUCUUCACCUUUCCCUUUCCACUCCUUGACCCUCUUCCACCAUUUUCUUCUGCAUUUUUUAUUGAGCAUGGACACAAUUUUCGUAAAAAAAAAUGAAAACCAGCAGCCAUCCUUCUCUUGUGGCUGUAUCGCGACCCCGAUCUGUUCUCCUUCCCCAAAAUCGCCUUCACCAAUGAGUAACUUGGCGGACCAAACACUGUCGUCGCCGCUCAACAGCGACUUCCUUCACCAUCGUCUCCACUGAGUAGUGACGUCCUUCACUGCCGCUGCCGCUGAACAGUGAGUUCCUUCACCACUGCAUCGGUACCAUUGGUAAGUUUUCUCAUCCUUUUUUUCACUUUCACCUUUCUUAUUGUUACAGGUAUUUCAUAUUUGUUUUUAAUUUCCCUCAUUUUUGUUUAAUGGAUUUCUUGAUGUUUUUCAUUUGAGAAAUCAAAAGGGUUUUGUCCAACAAGAAGCUGUGCGUAUGUGGUGAUUCUCGUCCAUCUUUUUUUUCUUUUCAUUUUCACUUUUGUGAUUCUAAUGUCAAAGUUUCUUGAUGUUUUUUUAUUUUAGGAAUCAGAAAGGUUUCCAGCAGCAGUAAGUAGUCAUGGCUCAGUUGGCUGAGUCUAAUUAUUGUCAGGUUUGCACAGGUGUGAUAAGAGAUGGAGCCUUAAGUGGAUCAAUUGCUCAAGGCCUGAUUUCAAGAGAGUUACAUUAUCACAAGAAGAAAAAAUCAUUAUUGAACUUCACUUCUUUCUUUUUCUUAUUUUUGCUGGACAUCCAUUUUUUCAUUAAUAUAACUGCUAGAUGUUGCAGUUUUUUGAAUAUCUUCCCAGUCUAGAAGGUAUGUUGUCUUAGCUUCCUUUUAAGAGUUAUGUGAGUUCAAAUAUCUUCCUUGUGAGAUAUGGCUUCAGCUCUGUGCAUCAUUAUAAAAUUUCACUGACAUAAUCACUUUGUGUAUAUUAGGACUGUAAGACUACUUAAUAAGUAUGAGCUACUUUUUUAUUUCCUAUCUACCACUUAAUAAGUAUCUGGAGCUAUUACAACAAAUGCAAAAUCUUCCUCCUCCAUUAGUUGAGUUACUUUUUUAUUUCCUAUCUGUAUAUACAAAGAUUUUAUAUAUAUUCAUAAGAUAUAUGAUCCUAUGCAUUGAAUUAAUUUCAAUUUCAGGCUCAAUUAAAUCAUUUAUUAAGUUUUCGUAAAUGUUGGUACAUCACUAGAAACUUCAAUUUCAGCGUAGAGGAUAAUAUUGCAUUGUAUUAAGUUUAUGGAAUAAAAUUAGUUUAUGACACCUCUUAGAAGAAUCCCAAAUAUGCAAUGAUAUUUUCUCUAUUUUUUUGUUCUUGAAAUUUAUGAUCAAUUAAUUACCAGGCAAAAAAGCAGAAAGUGUAUCAAUUCAAUUCAAAAGGAGUUCUGAAUAAACACAUUUAGCUUUUUCUUGUACUUUAAAUUUAUGUGGCUCAACAGUAGGCUUGUCUUUGAACCUCUUAAACCUUAUCGACAGUCAUCUCUUAUUCUUUGUACGGCAUCCCAAAUAUGCAAUGUUCAGUUAUGCCUCUUAAGUUUUUUUAGUCCUUACAAUUUGUAUAUUUAAUUUAUUUCAGAUGAGUCACUUAGGCUAAAGCAUGCUGCUCCCAGCCUUUCUAACCAUGGCAUUUGCUGAUCGUAGCACUCAUGAUUCCUAGUGAUACAAUUUUGGUUUGACUUGCCAGAUCAGUGGGUUUGCCAUUGUGCUAGAUUAACAAUGUUCUUAAAGGGUGGAUAUCAUCGUCCGUUUCUGGCAAGGUUGAAUCUAGAGAGAAAUUGCAUUGACGGCAUUUAGGCUUUCAUUGAUUCAUCAUUCUGAAAGAAAGUAAACUGGGUCAGGAGCGGACUGCAGAUCGGGUUGCGUCUUCAGAGUUGUUUAGGGCUUGUGGACAAGUAUGGCAAAUGAGGGAUCAUCAAAUCCUUCUAGCACUGAUUCUGGAUGGAAAUAUUGUACUCGAGGACAAGGAAAUAGUUGUGUAUGCAAUUUCUGUGGCAAGGUUACAAAAGGUGGAAUUACUAGAGCAAAAGAACACUUGAUGGCAAAGCCUGGCAAUGUUGCAGCCUAUGCCAAAUGUCCCAAAGAAGUUAGAGAAGAACUAUGGGGAUAUUUGAAGGAUACAAAGAAGCAAGAGAGUGAAACAUUUCAAAGGAUGCGUCAACAUUUUCUUGAAGACUAUGGUGAUAGUGAUGAAGAAAGAGCUCUUGAUGAAGGGUUUGCAAAUAUUGUAUCAAGGAAAAGCAUUACUGUAAAGAAAAGCACUUAAAAGGGUUCAAUUGAUCUUUUUUCAGAAAUCCAGAAUCUGCAAUUGAAUAAAAGAAAAAAGAGAAAUUAAGGCAAGAAAGCAUAAGGCAGUCAUGUGACAAGGAGGCUACUGCAAGGGUUCAUCAAUACAUAGCUCGAUUUUGGUACCAAGCUGGCUUGUCUUUCAACCUAGUCAAGCUGCAAAGCUUUCACAAAAUGCUUACAAAUGUGGGAGCCUUUGGACCAAAUUUGAGGCCUCCUUCUUAUCAUGAGAUAAGAGUUCCACUUCUGGCCAAGGAGUUAGAGAACACAGAAAUUUUGUUGAAAGACCAAAAGGAGCUAUGGGGAAGAUUUGGAUGCUCAAUUAUGUCUGAUGUAUGGACAGACAGAAAACAGAGAUCUAUCAUUAACUUCUUGGUGAAUUGUACAGCAGGGACAAUGUUCUAUAAAUCAAUUGAUCCAUCCAAUUUUGUGAAAUCUGGUGAAAAGACAUUUGAGUUGUUGGACUCUAUUGUGGAAGAGAUUGGGGAGGAAAAGGUUGUCCAAGUUAUAACAGGCAAUGGAAGCAACUAUGUUUUGGCAGGUAAAUUUCUUGAACGAAAAAGGUCACAUUUAUAUUGGAUUCCUUGUGCAGCCCAUUGCAUAGAUUUGAUGUUGGAAGACAUUGGUAAGUUGCCAUUGAUAAAGAAGACAAUUCUAAGAGCAAUAUCCCUUGUUGGCUUCAUCUAUAGCCAUUCAAGUACUUUGAGCUUGUUGAGGUUCUUCACCAACAAAAGAGAAUUGGUGAGGCAUGCAUUACUAGGUUUGCUACAUCCUUCCUCACAUUAGAAAGGCUCCAUAAGGAGAAAGGCAAUCUUAGAAAGAUGUUUGUAUCAGAUGAUUGGACAAAUAAUAAAUUGUCCAAGGAAGCCAAAGGGAAGGAAGCAACGAAAACUGUACUUAUGUCAGCUUUUUGGAAUAAUGUGCUCUAUAUACUUAAGGUGAUGGCUCCACUUGUGAAGGUGCCGCAUCUUGUUGACAGUGAGAAAAAAACCAGCCAUGGGUUAUAUUUAUGAGGCAAUGGAGAAGGCAAAAGAAGCUAUAAGGAAGUCAUUUGAAUAUAAUGAAAGCAAGUAUAAAGAAGUGUUUGAAAUUAUUGACAGUAGGUGGACUUGCCAACUUCAUCACCCCUUGCAUGCAGCUGGUCACUUUCUAAACCCAGAUUUAUUCUUCAGCAAUCAUUCUAUGGAAUUUGAUUUUGAGGUGGUAAAUGGAUUGUAUGUAUGCCUUGAAAAAUUGGUGCCUGAUCAAGAGGUGAGACAAAAGAUUCUUACAGAGCUACCAUUUAUAAAAUGGGUGGUGGUAUGUUUGGAGCAAAAUUUGCUAUUCAACAAAGGAGCAUUGUCUCACCAGCGCAAUGGUGGCUAUCAUAUGGAUUGUCAACUCCAAAUUUGCAACACUUGGCAAUUAAGAUUUUGAUUUUGACAUGUAGUGCGUCGGGAUGUGAAUGCAAUUGGAGUUUCUUUGAGCUAGUAAUUUAUUAAUUAGUAAUUAUAUUAAUAGUUACUAGUUAAUAUUUUCUUUUCUUAGUUGCUCAUAAUUUUUUUUUCUCAUAUUUGUUACAUAUUCAUUCCAAGAAAAGGAAUAGGCAUGAACACAAAAGACUACACAACUUGGUGUAUGUCGAAUGUAAUCAAGCAUUGGUUAAAAGAUACAAUUAUAGAGAUGAAAUUGAUCCAAUUUCACUCAAUGAUAUUGAUAUUCACAAGUGGCUUGUGGGGCAAAUGGAUGGUGAUGACGAAAAUGAUGAUGGCCUUCCUUGGGACGUAGUUUUUGAGGAAUAGACAGCCAAUGACGUAUACCAGGCAAAAGACUAAAAAGAAAAAGGAACCAGAAUCCCUUGGUGUUGAAGAUGCUACACCUAAGACAAAAAGAGGCCAAGUGAGAGGAUCUUCAUCCCUUAGAGGAAAAGAGCAAAUGAUUAAAGUUGAAGAUAAUGCAGUCUCGGAAGAAUCUGAAGAGUUACAAGGCAUUGAUUUUGGGGACUCAGAAGAAGUUAGCUUUUAGCUGUUUUUAGUUUUUUUUAUUAUAUUGGGAAAGGGGCAGAGGAGAAUGAACAUAUUUUGUCUUGAACAAUUUAACUUUUGAGAUAAUAUUAUGUUAAUGUUUUGUCCAGCUUAUUUUGAUUUGCAUAUAGCAUGCUUGUUU